CUUAGUUAGAUAUUAUCUUUGUAGACUAAAUAAAUAAAAACAUACAUGGAAUGUUCUUUAGUUGUUACCAGCUAGGAAAGGCGUUAAAAAUUUCAUUUAUUUUCAUUACACAGCUCGUACUUUUUCAUGUUAUAAUAAACAUUAAUUAUUAGGUACUUAACAUGAAAUGUUGAUGUUAAGGUCACCACAAAUCACAAAAGUGAACAAAACAAUCUCCUAUCUUGUUCUUACAGAGUUUUUAAUCAUUCCACAGAUAUAAGAAAGUGUUUCUCCUUCGAUAAACAAAUAGUAGCCAGUACCUAUAAGAUAAGUAUAUGUAUCUACAUAAAACCAAAAAUGUUAUUAUUCUUAGGACUGGUAUUUAUUUUAAAAGUUGUAACUUGUAAUGUGUCAUCACCUCCUGUAGUAACUUUACCAUUAGGUACCGUCGAAGGUUAUAUUGGAAAAACUGAGCAAGGAAAAGACAUUUAUGUAUUUGAGGGAAUUCCUUACGCUAAACCACCCGUUGGUGACUCAAGAUUUGAGGAAUCAGUUCCACCUAAGCCAUGGAAGGGAAUAUGGAAAGCAAAAACAAUUUUCAAAUGUUUGCAGUAUGAUCACUACACCCCUCCAGGACCAGAUAAAGUAUCAGGAGAUGAAGACUGCUUGUAUGUUAAUGUAUACUCUCCCACACUCGACACCACUGCUAAAUUAGACGUUUUAGUCUAUAUUCACGGAGGUGCCUUUAUGUUUAAUCAUGGAGGUCAAACUUUACCCAACAUCGUUUUAGAUAGAAACAUCAUUUUCGUUAACUUCAACUACAGAUUGGGACCACUUGGAUUUUUAAGUACUGAAGAUGAAUUUGUUUCUGGAAAUAAUGGCAUAAAAGAUCAGAUCCUGGCAUUGAAAUGGAUAAAAGAAAACAUCGAUAGGUUUGGCGGAAAUCCAAACUCUAUUACUAUAUCAGGGAUGUCAGCAGGUGGAGCUAGUGUUCAUACACAUUUGAUAACCCCACGUUCAAGAGGUUUAUUUUCAAAAGCUAUAUCUCAAAGCGGCGUUGCUUUAAAUUCUUGGGUAUUUAUGGAAGAACCACUAAAUAAAACCAAAACAAUAGCGUUAUCUGUUGGAUGUCCAAUACAAAAUAAUAAAGAAAUGAAGAAAUGUCUAAAAUCUAAACCAGCACGCCAGAUUGCAUAUGGUGUGAAAGAUUUACAACCCUGGUUGUAUAAUCCAUUUUCACCAUUUGGUUUAGUAGUUGAUAAAUGGGCAAAAAAUCCUGUAUUUCCGGAACAUCCAUACCAAUUGAUUGAAAAAGGACUUGUUGAAGACGUGCCAUGGAUAACUUCCUUUACUUCUGCUGAAGGAUUAUACCCAGGAGCAGAUUUCUAUUUUGAUGAACGCUUAGAAUUCAUAGAUAAAAAUUGGAAUGCUAUAAUGCCGUACAUUUUACAUUAUAAUGAUGUUAUCCCAGUUCAACAACUAGAUGAAGUUAGUUCCGAGAUACGAAAAGAAUAUCUUCAAAAUGAACCUGUGAAUAAACAAACAUUUUCCAGAUUAAUUGAGGCACUAAGUGACAGACUAUUCCUUGCCGAUAUUGUACUAGGCACACGCCUACACGCAAAAAGCAUCAAAUCGCCUGUUUAUAGUUAUUACUUUGAUUAUAGAGGAGCUCACAGUAAAACUGAAAAUAGGAUCAAAUCAAACAAAAACAUAGGUGUAUCUCAUGGGGAUGAUACGGCAUAUGUAUUUAAAACGCUGGACGUAUUAUCGACUGAAAAUGACAAGGCAAUGAGUAAACUAAUGGUUGAUAUGUUUGUAUCAUUUAUGAAAACAGGAAAACCAAACAUAACCUCAGAUUGGUCCCCGCAAUCAAAGAAAACAAGUGAUCCAUGGAUGCAUCUCCGCAUAGAUAGUCCGGAUAAACUUUACAUGGAAAAGAAGGAACAAGUAGGAAACCAAAAAUUCUGGGAAAGUUUGCCAUUUAAAGAAAACCAGAAAUUGUUUAACAAAAGAGACGAACUGUGAAAAAACAAAAUUCUUCUAUAUAAAUAAUCCAUUUUAAUAGAAACAUUUUCUUUAAACAACUUAACAUAUUAUAUAUUUUUUAUCUGUAAUUAUAAAUAAAAUCAAAUAAAUUACAAAUUUCUAGUAUAAGUUAAAAUUUUAAUCAAACCGUUAUACCAACUUCUCCAAGAAUUUCUGUUAAUCGCUCCAAAUGGACUGAUACUGAUACCAAUUCUUUAUCUGACUUGCUUCUAUUCAAAAGUUGGAAGGCGUUCAUGUAUUCCAGUUCGGAGAAUUCCGGUCCUUUAUCUACGAUACCAUUAAGAAUUUCCU